AUGAUAAUCAAGUUUGUGCUCAUCCUCUUCAUACUUCUCGAUCAAGGUGCUCGUUCGGAUCUACUGGAAUAUGGCGACGACGAUGAAGAUCCCAACGAUACCACUGUCAAUCAAAUGCUGGUUCCCAGGUCGCACCAGGAGGAUGCCACACUUAUACUCAACAAUUUGCUCAAGGAAUACGACAAGACUCUGCGGCCGGACAUUGGAGUGAAACCUACAGUCGUCAAUGUGGGCAUAUAUGUCAACAGCAUCGGGCCUGUGUCAUCCAUCGAUAUGGAGUACCAGAUCGAUAUUAUCUUCGCCCAGACCUGGGUGGACACCCGUCUGCGGUAUAACAGCAGCAGCAGCAUGCGGCUAACCCUCAACAGCAAUAUGGUCGGCUUGAUCUGGCUGCCCGACACCAUCUUUAGAAAUUCCAAGAAUGCCGACUCUCACUGGAUAACAACGCCCAAUCAGCUGCUCCGGAUCUGGAACAAUGGAAAAGUACUCUACACACUGAGGAUGACCAUCAACGCAGAAUGCCAGCUGCAGCUCCAUAAUUUCCCAAUGGACGAACACUCCUGUCCUCUCGUCUUCUCCAGCUACGGCUACCCGCGGGACGAGAUUGUGUACAAGUGGAACCGGAACUCGGUGGAGACCUCUGACCAGAAAUACUGGAGGCUUUACCAGUUUGAUUUCAUGGGGCUCAGAAACACCACAGAUGUGCUCACGACGACAGCAGGUGAAUAUGUGGUGAUGAGCGUGUACUUUGACCUCAGCCGAAGAAUGGGCUACUUCACCAUCCAGACCUACAUCCCCUGUAUCCUGACUGUGGUCCUCUCCUGGGUCUCCUUCUGGAUCAAGAGUGAUGCCACGCCUGCAAGGACGGCCCUAGGUAUCACCACAGUGCUGACAAUGACCACCCUGAGCACAGUGGCCAGGAACUCGCUACCUCGAGUGUCCUACGUGACGGCCAUGGACCUGUUCGUUACUGUCUGUUUCCUGUUUGUCUUCGCUGCCAUGAUUGAGUACGCCAUGCUCAACUACUACUCCUACAGUAUACGCAGACCUCCUGUCAAGACGCAGAGAAUGGCCUACUCAUCCUUCACCAUGGGUCACACACCUCGGGCCAUGAUGCCCAUGGGCAACUCCCUGUUCUGGCAGGACUACGACGACAACUGCCUAUACGAGUGCCUGGACGGGAAAGACUGCAAGAGCUUCUUCUGCUGCUACGAGGAGUGUAAAGAAGGCGGCUGGAGGAAAGGACGCAUCCACGUCAACAUCGGCGAGCUGGAUGCCUACUCUCGGGUUUUCUUCCCCACCUCCUUCUUGCUCUUCAACAUAGUCUACUGGGUCAGCUACCUCUACCUCUAGGCGGUCUUGGGCUGUAAUCCGCGGGCCCCGCUGAAACAGCCACAGCCCUCGCCACUUUACCACCGCGGCCCGUGAUUUAAGGUCAAAACUAAACAUGGAGGAGAAAAUAAAAGGUGGAUGCGCUCUUUGAGAAUUGUGAAAGACAUGCGGUCUCUGGAGUGGUAAAAAGUGCAUUUGUGCUGGAGUGCACAGAUUAACAACCAUGAUACUUUGAGCAGUGGCACUCCGAGAAGAAUAAAACACUCAGCAGUAGAACCACAAGCCGCCAGCAUUAACUUGAUUGGACAGGUCCCGUUUAUGACUCUCUCAGAAACCAAACCGAGAUGUUCGGGGACGGGGUUGCGUUGCUAAAUCUUGGUCACAGAGAUGGGGAAGCACCCAUAGUGCCUUCUUUAGAAAGGGUGCGGCACCGAGAGACACAGCUUCAGAGUUCCUUCCAUUAUCUUCAUUACCUCAUCCAUCACACCGCCGCAUGCUGAGCGGUCUAUUCUUUAAUAAAACAAGCCUGGAACACUAACACUGGAAAUGUUUAAAACUAACACUCACCAUUUAUUUUGUAGCACACUGGUUUUAGUUGUACUCUAGAAUUAGUUCUACUUUCUAGUAAUAGCAACCUUUUCUUAUCAUUAAUAUUAGAAUUAGUUGUAUUUUCAUAGCAAGUCAACCAGCUUGCCCAUCGGUAGUUAAUUGUUGAAUAUGAGUUAGUGUCAGGGGCAGUGGUUGUCUGGUAAAAUCUCUUUUUUUAAGUCGGUGAGCUUUUGUUCAUGAUGCAGUUUACAGUAGAUGCCAAGAAGAUUUAGGUGUUUUAUAAUAAAUGCUGAAGAACUGCAUAAAUACAUACCAAUCUAAUACUAAACAUGCUAAUCUCAUCCACGGGCAUAUUACGUACCAGUAUGUUACAGUAUAUGAAUAAACAGAUUAGGGUUGGGGCAGCGUUGGCUCCUUUCUGACAACAGCUUUUUAAAAGACAGUUUCACAUUUUAUUUUACACACUUUCAUCCUUAUUUAUACAGAAUUCUUGUAUCUAAUAAGGCUUGUGGAUUACCUUGGUUUAAAGGAAAACUUCAUCAUCUUGUAAACUAUACUAUGUUACCCAGUUAAUGCAAACUCAAAACUUUCUUCAAACUUUUGCCUUGAUACAUUUAAUUUGCACAGCACUAACUCCAUCAGUACAGCAAGAGUCAUGUCAGGCCCUAUUCCUAAGUGAAACUUUCUCAAAAUGUUGAACUAUUCCAAAACGUUACUAACCCCAAAGAAAGAAAUGUCAUCAGCAUUGGUUUCAAUGGAGCGUUCCAGAAGUGCAUGAUGCACACAAAAUCAUUGUUGGGCAAAAUGUGCUGCAGAGAUAUUAGUUUUGGCCACUUGAACUGUAAACCGUAAAAAAAAUUGCAUUUGAGUCGUUCUAUCCAGUUUCAGAAGUAGAGUAGUGUGAGUGCAUACAUUUUGAGUCUUGAUGAAAGUUUUAUUAUUUUUUUUGUGUCCUGGUACACGACCCUUUCUAAAGCCAAGUGGCGCGUUAUCUGUACGCAUUAUGAGCUAUCCGCUGUAUGUCUACGCAGAAGAACGGGACGUUGCAUUUGGAGCUAUCCGCGUGUAUGUCUACACUGGCAUUUGGAGCUAUCUGUGUGUAUGUUUACGCCACAACGGGACGUUGCAUUUGGAGCUAUCCGCGUGUAUGUCCACGCCACAACGGGACGUUGCAUUUGGAGCUCGGGUUGGGUUUAGGAAAAGAAGAACGAGGUUGGCUUCGGUAAAAGAAGAAAGCAACGGUUGGGUUUAGGAAACAUGAUACGCGGGACACAAAGGAAACAUGACACGCGGGACACGAUCCCCGGUCUCCUGGGUGAAAGUCCUGUGUUUGACUCAUUCACCACCCCAAGCAACCUCCCUAUGCAGAUUUUCGGCCUUCAUACAGUGUAUGUGUCAAUCUACGGUGUAAAUUGACACGCAACGGUAAGGUAAUGUAAGUCAAUGGAGGCCAAACGGCAUUGAUAAACACGCUAAAAAGCGAUUAUGCGUCUUGAUAACACGCCUAACUGGCAUACGAAUUUGCGUGUCAUAUGUACGCCACUUCAUGAGAUCAGUCUGCCUGAAGGCAUAUCUCAGUGUGCCCUGCUGGCAAUGAUCACAAGUGCUGUAAAAUAGGUUCUAUAUAUUGUGAGGCUCCCUACACUCAAGUCUACACAGAGUGGUGUUGUAAAAUGGAUGAUUAAGGAUGGUUGUUGAUGACUCUUGAUGGAGUCCCACAUUCUACUCUUAAAUAAAAUCAAUGCUACAUAUGGAGGCAUACGGACACAAGAACACAGGGACGCACGCUACAUGUGAAAUAUUUUGGUUUUGUUUACUGUUCUAUGGUGUUUUUUGCAGUCGUUUGGCUUUGUAGAACAAUCAACCCCCUUUUCCCUCCUCUUCCCCCCAACACACACACACGCACACACACACACUUUUCCCCCCGGUAUUUGUAUGUUCAGAAAAAAAGCUUUUAUGUAAGAUGUAUCUAAUUAAUGUUUCUAUUUUCAUACAGUUAUAUAUGGAAUGUAAGUUAGGCCAGUAGCGAGGCCUGAGUCAACCUGGUUCCAGUUCAGUCAGUUCAAGUUGCCUGAAAUAAAUUUAUAUUUAGGGGGCAUACAUAUUCAACAAUAGGCCUCCAAACAUAUUUGUGGCCUGUCCAGAGGUUUGCAAUUACAAUUCAAAUCGCCUCAAGUGAUGCUAGAGAAGCAGCUGAGGGGCUGUUACCCCGUGGGCAAUUACUUACUCUGCUGAUGAAAUACAUUAGCUCAUAAGAGAGUGAAAUUUCAUUACCAUUUUAGAUCUAUCCUAUCUAUGAACUGACUGAAUUGAACACAGCUUGGCCCACACUGCAGUAAACCCUCCUCACCUCUGAUAUAUAUACUACACUUUAUAAGUGUCUUAGUCCAUUGAGAUAUUUCAAUAAAACAAAAAUCACUGUUUUCUACGUCUUAAUGAAAAUCACCUGUGUGUUUCAGCUGACUGGGGCCUGUAUUUAUAAAGCCUCUUUGCAAUUAGAGUACUAACCCUGGAUCAGCACCGGCGAGCAUAAUGAACUUGCUCAAGAGCCUCUUCCGGAGACCUCAUCGCCCCCAUUAAAGCUUCCCAGCUUCUCUGAAAGGCGGUGCAUCAGUCGCACCCGAGGUGUCACAAAAUCAUGUAUUGCUCCUGCUUUAUCCUGCCAACCAAUUUUGUUUUGAUUGUCAGUGAGGUCUCUGGGGGGCGGGGCUGUACAAUAAAACAAAAAUACACUGACUUUGGAUCAUCACUCCUGUGGGGAAAUAUUUUAUGAAAACAGGAUCUAGAGUGAAAAUAGGUAUCUUUUUUCUAGUGUGUGGUACAUUGCUUAUAUUAAUAAAAAACGUUUUGGUCAA